AUGUUCUUUCACGUGAAGAGGCUGUCGAAGAACCUCCAGAUAGAGCCAAAGUAUUAUGGGCCCAGCCUUGCGGUCGUGAUCAAGCAGAGGCUACAGGAUGAGGUUGAGAACUCUUGCAGCGAGCGAUAUGGCAUCGUCUUGAAGGUCUUCAACAUUGACGUAGACAACCUGGAAGGCAAGAUCAUGCCCACGGGUAUGCAUCCGGGAGGAACGGCUGUCUUCACGGUCCCUUAUGACGCGAUUGUCUUCAAGCCCUUCAAAGGAGAGGUGCUCAAUGGAGUGGUGAAGAGCUCGGCCGCCCAGGGUCUGUUUGUGCAGUGCGGCCCUUUGCAGGUCUUCAUCGCAAAAGCAAACCUGGCGGAUGAUAACAAUGGGUUGGAAUGGCGCGGCGACAACACUCCUCCGUGUUGGAUGUCACGAGAUGAGCGAAUAGUGAUCGGAGACAAGACCCACCUCCGGUUGCGCAUACUGGGAACGAGAAUUCAAAACGACAUCUCCCAAUGUAGUGCAGUAGGGACAAUCCUGGACGACUACCUGGGCCCGAUCGACUAA